UCGCAGAGUUCAUCCCCGGCCCCACGGCCCUCUGUCUGUCUGCUCAGGCUGGUUAAAGACCUGCUUCCUAAAAUCCACCAAUAUUUUGACAAAUCAAUAGAGCCAAGUGGGCCGGACUGCUGUCGAGCUGUUCCGAGUCAUCAGCAGACCAAAGAGCCUUAUUUUUCUUCACCUGAGCAGCACAAGGAGGUGCAGUAAAAAAGGAAUGAAAGAGUAAAAGUCAGGAUCGUGCACAGUCACCAAUCAGCCUGUGAAAGAAAACACCACUCCUGAAACGCCUCGUCAGCCGUCCCACCGUUCAUUCUGUGACUUUGUGACAUCACACUACAUCCCCAGGGAGUCGAUCCCCAACUGUCCUUCACACCAAAUUAAAAGCCACAAACAUCUGGCUUCUGUUUUCGGAGGGAAGCGGGACAUUUGGUAUUCACUGGCAGGACAAAUGACUGCAGCAGUCACAGGUGUUUAUCAGGCGCGGCUCUGAUCAGCAGUGACGGAAACAUGGACACAAUGCUGUGACGCACAUUGAAAUUAGGAACACUGAACAGUUUUCCAUCCAUCUCGAGCGGAGCAUCGUCCAGUCGGCUGCGAGUGUGUCUGUCGUGUUUGUGACGUCAAACAUGAUAAACCAGAGAGUCACUCUCUCCUUCUGAGCAGAGGAGAAGCCAGGAUGUGACAGCGUGAGGGCACAGAGUGAUGGAACUGGAAGGUUACUGUUUGUCCGGGCCGAGCUACCAGCUGCUCCUUCUCAGGGGUUCUGUGGAACCUUCAGCACAGCGACAAAAAGUCAAUAAAGUGAGCCUUUUCCAGCGAGUAAAUGGGAGUGUUUUCUGAAGUCCAACAUCAAUAUUGACAGUGGGGGGAAGUCCCGUGGCCCGGGCCCGCAGCUUCCACAGCAGGAAGGUUCUGCAACAGUCCUCGCUUUGUGUUUCUACCCACUGCACCAGCUGCUGCGCUACAACUUCUGCAACAGAUUCGUAGAUCUGCUCUGAUCCUCUGAUGAACAUGUUGAGGGUCUGUCUCACUGCAGCUCUGCUAGUCUGCUACGGCCUGCUAAGUUGUGCUUCCGAAAGUGAAAAGAGAGAAGCUGAAGAUUUGAAGAAUAGCGACAGGAACAUGGAGGUGAAGAGGAAGUACACCACGGCAAAUAGCGGGAGACCCAAGACUGUAACUGUCAGGAAGAAGGUCAAGAAGACAGGAAGUAAGAUGCAACCAAGAAGUGACAUCAGCUGCACGGAACUGGGAGGCAUCUGCCAGCCCAACCGGUACAUCUGCCGAGGCCGAUACCUGAGAGACAGGUGUUCCAGGGCGAAGACGCGGCAGUGUUGUACUCCAGCUGCAGCCUGGAGCGUCCUCUGUGCUGGCCACCACAACAACAGAGUGAGGGCGUGUGACUCACACGGCUGCGGAGCUUUCAACUCCCGAAGAGGUAACAACCUACAUCAAGCAGUGGACCUGGUGUGUGAUGACUACGGUAUCAUCAACACUCCGUUCUCCGGCUCUCUGGCAGGUCCAGUAAGUUGGAAAGACCCCGCUGGGAAUCAGUAUGAUGGGGUCAAACUCCUCAGUGAUGUGCACUGUGUAAAGAUCUUCAACAUCCGUCCUUACCGUUACAUGGGGCCAGUGGCUCAGGGGGAAGCCUUGGGUUACCUGCUGCCACUGCAGGAACGCUUCUCCGGCAUCACAUCACACCUGGAGCUGCAAAUGUGUGACGGCACCGACCCUUCACCUUUCAUAUGACUGAGCAUCAUAUGUCAUCCAUCCUGCAACCCCUCACCUUUUACCAUUCUGGACAUGAUGACCCUGGAGAUAAAAUCCCAGAUGCCAAACGUUGAUUCUGAGCGUACAAUAUAUAGAAAACAGAACUGUGAGUCUGUGUGACAGCUGCAGAUGUUCACGUCCCUGCUGCUGUUGCACAUUAUGAAACAACCAUUUUCCUCUAAUGACGGCAGUUUAAGAACAUUAAGUGUCUUUUAUGUGACUGAUGAUCCUUUUGUAUAUUUUUGUAUCAUGAUUAGUAUAAAUUUUCCAUGUGAGGUCUGAAUAUGCCUGAUGAUAUCGACUCUUAUUGUUCUCCUUCUCCUUUGUUGUUCCCUUCCCAACAUGGACUCAUGUAACCGCUUAUUACAUAAUCGGUAUAUAUUUGGAUCUGA